AGUCACUGUUUGAGACUCUAAGUGUUAAGUUGUGGCAAGGCAAUCAAAAGCGUUGAUUUUUUUUCUUUUCAUUUUUAUUUAAAAAAAUCAACUUCUUGUCUCAAUUAAAAAAUUCUAAUUAAUCAGUUGGUUGUGUGCCAGUAUCAAGGUGUUCAGUGACUUGUAGAAAUAAAUACAUAUUAAAAGAAAAAGGCUGACAAUAGCGAAAGUGAAAACGAAUCGAAAGAAGAAAAGUUCUACUUAAUUAUAUAUCUUCAUCGUCAAAAUGUCAAGUAUAGAUAAAGAAAAUCAACAAGGGAAUCAACCGCCAGUGAUUCUUCCAAUUGGAGUGAAUCCAGAGAAGGCUGCUAAUGUCAAUGAUUUCAAUUCAACCUCGAAGUUAACACCUUAUGUGUAUGACGAUUCUUACAACCCUUUUGAACAUCGACAGAUUGAAAAACCUAACACCACUCUCGGAGCAUUACUUCAUUUACUUAAAAGUUCACUGGGAACUGGGAUUCUUGCAAUGCCUAAUGCAUUCAGUAAUGCCGGACUUCUGUUUGGAUCGUUGAUGACAGUAAUUGUCGGUUUUCUUUGUGGACACUGUGUUUGGAUUUUGGUUUCAGUAUCACAUAAAAUCUGUCGAAUAUCUAAAACGCCUGUACUUGAUUUUGCCGGAACAGCAGAGAAAGUUUUUGAGUAUGGACCGCCAUGGGCAAAGCGAUGCUCAAAAUUUGCAGGACAUACAGUUGAUUAUGCUUUAAUGGCGACAUAUUAUUCAGCUGGAUGUGUUUACAUUGUAUUCAUUGCAAAUACCUUCCACGAUGUUUGUAAUGCUCUAUUUGGAUGGAACUUGAGUGUGAGAACAUACAUUUUACUUGUUCUCAUACCAGUAUAUUUCAUGGGACAGAUAAGGUCGCUUAAAUUCCUCGUUCCUUUCUCAGGAACAGCGAAUGUAUUCAUCGUUGCAGCAUUUGGAAUUGUUUUAUUUUAUAUUUUCAAGGAACCGCUGAAUUUUGAGGAUAAGCCUUUAAUUGUGUCGUGGACGAAAUGGCCCGUCUUCUUCAGCACGGUUAUAUUCGCUAUGGAAGGCAUUGGCGUAGUUAUGCCAGUUGAAAAUUCUAUGGAAAAGCCAAAGGAGUUCUUGGGCUAUCCCAGCGUUCUUAUAAUUGCAAUGGUCAUAGUUACUGUGCUUUAUAGUGUCAUCGGUUUUCUUGGAUAUGUACGGUUUGGUAGUGAGAUUCGUGGCAGCGUCACUCUCAACCUUGAUCCCGAUGAAUGGACUGCUGUUAUCGGUCAAGUGUUUAUUGGCUUCGCAAUUCUCUUUACAUUCGGCCUUCAAUUUUACAUUCCCAUGGAAAUUUUAUUAAAAAAAUUACAAAACAGACUUGGCAAGAAUCGCAAUGUUUCCGAAACCAUUUUAAGAUCAUUCGUCAUGGUGGUGAUGGGUGGCAUAUCAGUGGCUGUUCCUAAUCUUGAACCUUUCAUAAGUUUAGUUGGUGCUGUAUUCUUUGGAACUUUGGGUAUUUUUAUUCCGGCUUUAGUAGAAAUCGUCUUCCUUCAAACCAACGAAAAUUUUGGUAAAUUCAACUGGAAAUUGUGGAAAAAUCUUUUUCUAAUGCUUUUCGCAUUGAUUGCGAUGUUCUCUGGAGCCUUUGUCAGCAUUAGAGAUAUCAUAGAAAUAUAUACAGGUCACGAUGAAGAGGCGAAAUUUUCAAGCUCAAGAGCUUUUUAAAACAUUUUCAAGCUUUUUUAUUUAGAGACAGUUUUUCGUUGUUUUUUCCUUUCAUUUUUAUAAAGAUUAAGAAUUAGUUUUAGAAGAUAAAAAUAGAAAUUCAUAAAGCAUUUCUUUUUAAUUGUUUUUAAUUCCAUAUAUAAAAUGUAUCGUUUUUAAACAUGAAAAAUCUGAUCCAUUAAAUGGAGUGAAUUCCGUCUUGUUUUGUGUUUUUAACACAAUAAAUGCUGUGAUUUUAAAAAUCAUUUGCACUAGGGAUAUGUUUGUGUAAUGAAUCAUAGAACAAAAUUUUAACACUAAAAUUACAAUUUCUGCCAAGAAUUUUUUUUAAUAGAUAGGCAAAUGAAAACAUAAAGACAAUCAAGAAUUAUAAAAAAUUGUAAAAGUACAACCUUUGCUUCAAAAUUGAAAGGUUGAUAGCAAGGCUGAUUUUUUUAAUGUCAAAAAGUAAAUUUAAUCAUUGAAUAUCUAAUUUAAUGUUUUUUUUUACUCAUAUGACAAAGCAGGAAUUUCUAGUAAAAAUAAAUUUUAAAAAGUGUUUUACAGAAAAUUAAUGUCGCUAAUAAAAUAUAUUUAAAUAAACAUUCCUAAUUAUUAAA